AGCUGAGAAAAAAAUCCCCGAGCUCUGCACCAGCGAACAGGACACAGGAGCCGCGAAAGGGAAAUAAAUUGGGGGAUUCCUCAAAGAACAGAGGAGUCUUUUGUUCUUCUCGUGCUUUUGAUGGUUGAUCUGUUCAACUGCCUUCAUCUCUUCUACAAGGAAAGUCUUUAAAUGAGAGGACAAAGAAAUAUUUUGCAGCUUUAGAACAAAGUGAUGCAAAUGGAGAGACUGCUUCUGGAAGCGAGGAACUAAAGACUUAAUCGAUCUUCAAGAAAUAACUGCAAACUGCCGAACGUUAACACUGACUUUGAAGAGGAAGAGACGCUGAAUCAAGACAUAUAAAAACAAAGACCUCCACCACCAGACUCUGCCUUCUCUCCUUCUGUGUCAUUUUCACUUUUCCUUCCUUUUACUCAAAGACCUCCACCACCUGACUUUGUCUCCUCUCCUGUGCCAUUAAUACUUUACCUUUUUACACGAAGACCUCCACCACCAGACUUCAUCUCCCCUCCUCCGUGGUCCCAUUUGUACUUUAUCUUCCUUCGUCUCGGCUCUGCUCCCCCCGACUGAAGCUCAGCCAUGCAGGUGUCCAUCGCCUGCACGGACCACAACCUGAAGAGGGGGAAUGGAGGAGACCACGGCAAGCAGAGCACCACCAGCCCCAACGUGGUGAACCAAGCCAGGGCCAAGUUCCGCACCGUGGCCAUCAUCGCCCGCAGCUUCGGAUCCUUCGCCCCCCGCCACAUCUCUCUCAAGGAGUCUACGGGGAAACACACGGGCAUGAAGUACAGGUACAUGGGUGACGUUUGGGGGACAGAUAACAGACGAGGUUGCAGAGCAGCUGAUGACCAUCGCCUACGAGAGCGGAGUCAACCUGUUCGACACGGCUGAGGUGUACGCAGGUGGCAGGGCCGAAGUCAUACUAGGAAACAUCCUCAAGAAGAAAUGCUGGAGGCGAUCCAGCUUGGUCAUCACGACUAAACUCUACUGGGGAGGAAAAGCAGAGACAGAGAGAGGGCUGUCCAGGAAACACAUUAUUGAAGGUCUGCAGGGCUCUCUACAGAGGAUGCAGUUGGAGUACGUGGAUGUCGUUUUUGCCAACCGCCCCGACAGUAAUACUCCCAUGGAGGAGAUUGUCCGGGCCAUGACUUACGUGAUCAACCAGGGCAUGGCGAUGUACUGGGGGACAUCUCGGUGGACGGCCAUGGAGAUCAUGGAAGCGUAUUCUGUGGCACGCCAGUUUAAUCUGAUCCCUCCGGUGUGUGAGCAGGCAGAGUAUCAUCUCUUCCAGAGGGAGAAGGUAGAAGUGCAGCUGCCUGAACUUUACCACAAGAUAGGAGUCGGGGCGAUGACGUGGUCCCCGCUGGCGUGCGGCAUCAUCACAGGAAAAUAUGAAAAUGGCAUUCCUGAAACUUCCAGGGCUUCCAUGAAGUCGUAUCAGUGGUUGAAGGAGAAAAUAGUGAGUGAAGAUGGAAGGAAGCAACAAGCCAAGCUGAAAGAGCUGAACCACAUCGCAGAGAAGAUGGUGUGCACACUGCCUCAGCUGGCUGUGGCGUGGUGUCUAAGAAAUGAAGGGGUGAGCUCAGUUCUCCUGGGAACAUCCAACCCUGAACAGCUCACUGAAAACCUCGGAGCCAUACAGGUCCUUCCUAAGAUGACGUCUCAUGUGGUGUCAGAAAUCGACCACAUCCUGGGCAACAGGCCGUACAGUAAGAAGGAUUACCGCUCUUAGACCAGCCUCCCGUCCUCUCCUACCUACGUCACCAUUCUGUUACCAUGGACCCGCCGCUGUUCAAUGUUCACAGUUUUCCCCUUUGGGCCCGACUCGGCUCGAGCCCACUUCAGCCCACUUCAGUUGGAACUGGAAGCCUCGUCCCGCUCAGAUCCUCUCAGGUCAGCUGAGCCAAGAGACGCUUCACAACCUCAGCUUCUUUGCAGCUUCGAAACUCCCCAAGAAACCCUUUCAGCACCCGUCCAUUCCAAAAUAACUAUGCAGAGCUUAGUCUUACCCAUGCUAAUUUAUUUCAAGCGUUACCCUUCAGUUUAUUCAUUUAGAAAUGUAUUUUUCCGCUCACGUCAAAAAGCAAGAAGAGCUCUCAAUAACUUGUGAUUGGCAUGUACAGUUGGGAUUUGAUCCAUAAAGUAUUACAAAUUGGGAUUUUGGCCGUAUAGUAUUGAAAAAGUUAAGUAUUAAGUAAUAGUGCCUUGUUCAAGGGCACUUUGAUAGUCGUUUUUUUUAUGAUAUGCUGCUUCUCCAAAACACACCUUCCCAAUUACUCGUCCUCUCCUACCCACAAGUAAUUUAAUUGAAGUUAAGAAAGCGCCCCACCACAAGCUGAAAACAUAAAUAAAAGCACCUCAUUAUUAUAAAUUGGAGGUGUCUUAGCAAAGUGUACAUGAAGGAGCCUCAGAUGUAUAAUGGUGGUCAGUUAGUCAGCGCUUUCAUUCAAUUGUUAUGCAGCGCAGAAGAAAGAUUACCAUACGAGCUCAAUACUGUUCACCUCUCGUGUCAGAGGUGCGCGAUCGAGUCGUGAGAUAAAAUGUUUUUCUCAUGAGCUUUAGCAAUGACAAUGCUCUUGACUUUUUUGGAUGAGGCCUCAACAAAACCACUGGCUUGAAUGACCUUCUACCAAAUGUACUCAGUCCUGUAUUCAGUAUAGCACAGAUAGUAUUCAGUAGAUGUUAUAGGCUGCAAAUCCUGAGUGUUGUUAACCAGCAGGUGCAUGUUCCUCCAGCGACAGUGUGCCUCUGUUUACUUUUAUACCGAGCACAUCAGAAAGGAGUUUGAUCAGAAAUGCUGCAGGCUUGUCUGAAGCAAAGGAUUGUGGGACAUUGGUGUUAUGGGAGAGAGUGGAGCAUGUCGCCCCCGUGUGGUCUUUUCCAUGAACUGCUGAAAUGAAAUUACGCAAUUUAUUUUGCAAAAGACGUGGACUACUUUUCUCUCAGUUGGCUUUCAUUACGGAGACAUGUAUCUCCUCUUCUGAACCUACACUGCUGAAUGAACCCUGCAGAAAAGGAAUAUAAUACAUAUAUGUAAUAAAAGCUGACUGAUAUUGGUUAUGAUAACUGCAAAAUAUCGCUUGUUUAUGGCACAAAAGACGUAUAGGGGAUGUGGCACAAAAAAAAUGACAGUAUUUAUUGUAGAGUAGAUGAAUGAUAGAAUUUUAUUUUGACAUUUUGUUUCGCGAAUUAUGGGGGUUUUACGUGUACAAAUGCAUACCUUGUAUCAUAAGCAAAACCAUGAAGAAGCCUCCGUGCAGAUGAGGACUUCACAGUACUGUAUGGAUGAUAUAUAAUAUAUAAAUAAGAUGUAAAUAGUUAUUUUGUUGCUCCUCAGUAAGAUUACUGCUACAGCGUUCUCUUCAUACCUUCCUCCUCCAGCCUCACUUUACACAGUAUUCAUUUCCUGGUUUGUGAACAUUAUUUAUAGUAUUUAUAAGGAUUAAAGGGUGUUUUUGUUUCUUGCAUUGUCAGACAAGGAAAUCUGUACUAACAGUGGCAUUAUUUAAAGAAGGUGCACCAUCCUUAUCUCUGAGCAGGUGGCUCAGGUCGUGUUGCCUUCAUGCUAUUUCUUUUUCAUCUGGAAAACAAGCCAUCACAGAGAGCAGAAAUGUUAACCAAGUUUCCGUUGAGUCACUUUUCUUGUUCUUGAUGUACAUUUGUUGACUUGUAGCACUAACACCCUUCAGAUUCUAAUCAAAGGACAUUUCACCCCAUGUUGACUUUAACCAGAAAUGAUGCAUAUUGGAAAAAAGCAGAGUUUGGCUCACAGUUGACUUAAUCUGGCACAAUUUACUGACACCGAAAAAGCAGUUACGGCUGUAUUUAUACCUAUUUGACUCUACUUCUUAAAAUGUGGUCUAUAUAUAAACACUAUAAUUGGUAACAUGGUAUAACUCCUGGUGGUAAAAUGUGUAAUUUGUACUGAUGUGCACUUUUAAUUGUUGCAAGUCAACAAGCUGCCUCUGUUAGUCAGUGACCGUACAUGUGUGGAGACUUCUCCACCCGAUAGAGUGCCUUGAAAAAUCAGGGAUGUCUUUCAUUGCAAGUUGUUAAAUGGUGUUUGGAUGCUGUCCUGCAAACAAAGAGAGAAUAAAACGAUAUGUUUCCUGAUUCUACAAUUUAUAUGGAAGGGAUUAGAUCAAGAUUAAUACAUGGCGACGUACUAAAAAAAACAUAUUUAAGAAAUGUACCUCAAAUUAAGUAUCGUAACAGGAAUUAGCACCCUUCAGUCUGACCCUUCAGUUUUCAGAGUGCACACCAUUAGCUUUGCUCCAUUCUGGCCGAACAACACAUCUUAUGGGAACAGUCAUUCACAGCUUUCAGUUAUAGACCCUAUCGGAGACCAAAUUCAUAUUGGUACCAAUAAAAUGAAUUGUAAUGCAUUAACACAGUGGUAUUGUCAGGGUAUUUUCCUACAUUGGUCAGUGUUGUCUGAGAAAAUAGUUAAGCAGGAAAUAAGAUAACUUAUUGAUUAAUCAGUGUCGAGAACAUUUUUGAAAAAAUUUCAGAUGGUGAUUUUUUUUUAAUGAAUCUCUUUGAUGUGGUAUUUUUCUGCUUAUUAGUUGAAUUGUCGCAGCUCUAGAAAAUCAUAACUUGUUAAACAUUUUUACUAUGGAGGCCAAAAUGGAACA